AUGGACGACGGCGGCGAAUGGUGCACAGUAAAAAGCAAACACCACAAUCAUAAUCACUACAAAAACGACUCAGUUCCCGAAAACAACAAUGCCAAUAAUAGACGACGGUCUAAAAAAGACACCACAAGUACACGAGGGAAAUCAACAAAGCCCGAUCCACGACCCAGACGUAAAUCAGCCGCCACAAACAAAACCGAUGCAGCAACGACGAUUGUAGACGGUAGUCAAAACCCAUAUCAUUUGGCAGAACACGACGAUUCAAACGACGAAGACGAAGAAGACGAUACAGUUGAUCUAGUUGACGAUCCUGUCCCUCCUUACCACACGACCAUACUGACCGUCUGUCCUUUACCGGACUGUCCGUCUGACAGACCAUUUCUUGACACCACAGCACUGACAGAUCACUUUAAAGCGGAUCAUCAGGCGACGUUCAAAAACUUGCACCAUAUGUAUAUGGCGCUUGAUCCUUAUUUGAAGCGUUGGGGCGCAUUGCUCCGCUCGAAACCGAUUGCCGAGUAUGGGACGGCAGAUAGUGAUAACGAGGAUGUGUAUAUCAUUGAUCCCCGAAAAUGCGAGCUGGAUCAGAAAUUACGAACUGAGAUGCAACGACAUGCUUUGGAUGAAGUCCUUAGUGUUCAGCAAAAGGAACGUGACGGACCUGCUAAAGAGCCACGAAAAUGUUUGUUCUGCAAAGUCAUUUGUGAUAAUAGAACCGCAUUGUUCAAACACAUGUUUUCAGAACACAACUUUAAUAUUGGUCUUCCGGAUAACAUUGUGAAUGUGAACGAGUUCUUGGACUUAUUGGAGAGCAAGUUGAUAAAACUUCAGUGUCUUUAUUGUGAGAAGACUUUCACAAGUGCACCCGUCCUGCGCAAGCAUAUGCGCAAGAAGAAGCACUUUAAGAUCGCUUCAAAGAACCGACAGUACGACAAGUUUUAUGUCAUCAAUUACUUGGAACCUGGCAAAAAUUGGGAACAUUUCGAACGCGACAAUUGUGAAAGCGAUGAAGAAAAGUCGGAUGCAACAGAUGACUCAUGGGCGGAAUGGGAUGAAGAAGAGCCAGAGGUAUCCAUGUGUUUGUUGUGUCCUCAAACCGAAUCAUCGCCACAAGAAGCAUGGAGUCAUAUGGAAAAGAAGCACGCAUUUGAUCUGAACAGGAUACGAAAACAACUUGGUCUUGACUUCUAUAAGACGAUCGUGCUUAUUAACUAUAUUCGCCAUCAGUCAUCGCUGGACAAAUGCUUCGUUUGUGGAACGACAGUUGACGAUUUUGCAAUACUGGAAAAGCAUUUGGAAGAGAAGAACUGUGUGACAAAACCGUUGGAUGCCAAUGCCGAUUUCUGGAAGGAUCCAAAAUAUUUAUUGCCAACGUAUGAGGGUGAUCCUUUACUCACUGGAUUCGAUGAUGACAGUGAUAUGGAAGACGAUGAAAAAGAGACAACAACAACGAAACAAUAA